AUGGGCCUGCACAAAACGGUUCCGGGUCAUCGACGAUGGGCCUCGGUUUUACUCUUCGGAAACCGUCAACCUGCAUUGUCAACACAUCCAAUAGCCGAAUCUCCGAGUUCCUGGAAUCGGCGGAAGGGGAGCACGAGAUCACCCCAACCCCACGGUCCCCACCUCCUCCGCCGCACAUUCAGUCCGAGUCAUCCACCACACUCCAGCCUGAUCACUGCCAAAUCGUUUUCAGACAAUAGAGCUAAGACCAUUGAGUCGGGCCUAAUAAUGGAACACAAACUUCAGUCCGUUAGCCUUCGGGAUCAGCUCACAGCGCCAUACCCGUGGACAGCCACCCCGCUCAUCGUGGGCGCGCCGAUGCGGGUCAUGUCGGGCCCCGAGCUGGCCGUCGCUGUGUCCUGCGCCGGAGGGUUCGGUUUCAUUGGCCCCGGCGAGAAACCCGAGAGCACGGCGGCGGACCUGGAGACGGCAAAGGCUUUGAUCGCGUCUUCCGGCAUCCCGCAGCACGGAACCACGCUCCCGGCUGGAGUGGGCUUCCAGAUUUGGAAUGGGAACCUCGACAUCUCGGCCUCAACCGUCUCUCAGUACCGGCCUGCUGCGGUCUGGCUCUUCGCUCCUCGACACGGGCAGACGGACGUCGAUGUCUGGACUCAGCGGCUGCGCGGGGAAUCGCCAGAAACCAAGAUUUGGCUGCAGAUCGGGACGCUGCGCGAGGCGCUUGACGCCGUACGCAGCGCAUCCCCACCCGACGUUCUCGUCGUUCAGGGUGCCGAGGCUAGCGGGCAUGGCCGCGCUUCCGACGGCAUCGGCUUUGUCACACUGCUACCGGAGAUCGCCGACGCGACGCGGGAGUCGGGCAUCCCGCUAAUCGCAGCCGGCGGUGUCGCGGACGGACGGGGCGUCGUGGCAGCGUUGGGAGUUGGUGCUGCGGGCGUGGCCAUGGGCACGCGCUUCCUCGCCUCGCAGGAAGCGCGCAUCAAGAAGGGGUACCAGGACGAGGUGGUGAGGGCGACUGAUGGCGGCGCAAACACGGUCAGGACUCACCUGUAUAAUCAUCUGCGUGGCACCUUUGGUUGGCCGGAACAGUUCAGCCCGCGCACCAUUGUCAAUCGAAGCUGGGCUGAGAAGCAAGCCGGUACCGCGUUCGAAGACAUCAAGAAGCGCCAUGACGAUGCCGUCAGCCAAGGAGAUUCCGCAUGGGGCCCCGAUGGGUGGACUGCAACAUAUGCGGGCGCGAAUGUCGGGCUGAUCAGCGGCGUCGCUAGCGCCCGUGACAUCGUGACGGGGACCAGGCGUGAAGCGGUGAAUAUCAUUCAGACUUUGAGUGGUUUGUAG